UAGCCACUGCUACUUUUGACUUAUCUCGAACAACUCCUUUGUAUGAGAUCCAAAUGCUAACAUAAAAGACUUCUGCUGAAUUACAAAUCAUAAAAUAUAUGUUGGAACUGUUGUAAAUAUCUCCUUCAUCGUCUGCUUGUACAUGUGAUGUUAUUUGACUGACGUUGUGGUAUAUAAAACUUCAUCAGCUUGGUAAAAUUAGAAGUAUAUAAUCCUACCAUUGCUAAAACAAAGAUUUUUAAAUAAAGCGUUCACUGAUAUGGAAAAUAAUCUGUCAAGGAAUUCUAUUAUAUGCAAAGGUCAAAAGAUUCUUUCUGGAAAAGGAGUGGAAACAAACCUAUUGGCAUUCAACGCAAUGGCUGCAAUUUUCUCGUUCAUAAUGAUUGUUACGAACGGUAUGUUUCUCUUCGUUUACAUAGCAAGACCAAUCUUACGAUGUAAAGUUAAAAUACUCUAUCUAAUGUUAUGCCUUUCUGAUUUUGUUUACGGUUUGUUUGCGUUCUCAUUGGCGUGCAUAUUAACGAGCAAUAAAUUAGAUAAACAAUGUCAUAUCAUGGAUCUGUUCAUAUCUUGUGGUUUCCUGUUCACAACGUUAGGUGUAUUGUCGAUUGGAGCAAUCAUUCUAGAAACAUAUUUAGCAGUUGUAAAACCGUUUACACAUGCUAAUCGAAGAGAUAACAAAACUGUUGCAAAAAUACUUACCGUUGCUUGGAUUGCAUCUAUCUUUUUAGUCACAACAUUGAAGUUAUGGUUGGGUCAGUUGUGGAACAUCUACUCAAUUACGUUAUGGAUAUUUAUGAUUCUGUUGCUUUGUUUCAUCAUCUUUGUACAAACAAAAAUCUAUUUAUGCGUCAAACGAAGCAGUAUGUUACGUAGUCGCGACAGAUACGCUGUUAUCACGACGUUUAUGUUGACAUUAACAUAUGUUUUAAGUUUUGUGCCAGUUUCAAUCCUUGGGAUAUAUUCCAAGUUCUCGUCUCACAAAGGCGUUUUGGAAAGUUACGUGUUACCUUGGGCUUACAUAAUGAUAGGAAUCAACUGUAUCACCGAUCCCGUCAUUUGCACGAUGAGAACCCCCGCAUUAAGAGAAAAGGUUGUCGAAUUAUUUAAUCACCCAGGCAAUGCACGAACAAACCCACAAAUUGAACAUUAAGGAAGCUAAAGUAAGAUCUCCGUCAUUGAUGGUACACUCCAUCUUCGCAUAUACUGAAUAUCAGUGUUAUAAACAAACUACCAAAGAGAUCAAGUUACAAGAAAUUAUAUCUACUUCAUUGAAAGGAUAUACAAAACCUGUUAAUUUUUUAUGAUUUGUUAAUUUUUUGCUACGCCGUUUAACGCCCUUCUGAGUUUGUCUAUCUGAGCUAACAAAGUUGGUGAUUUUGCUUCAAAUUGUGUAUUUUUGAUAGAAACAUAAGCAAUAGGUACUGUUACGCAAGUCACAACGGUUUUUCUUUAGGACUGCGUUAUCGUCAUAACAUUUUGUUACAAAAUUUGUACGUUGGUUUUUUUGCACACAUGUAAUACCAGGCGGUAAACAUGUAAACAAAACUUAUCCAAGUUAUAUUUUCAUUGCUCCUAUGAAGUCAAGAAAUAAUUUUUAGGUUAACUUUUCCUUUAAUGUGGAAGUGUAAACAAAACUUCCAAAUUUUUGAAGCCGCACACGAGAAACACAUGGAAUGUGACAUUUCAGAAAUGCACAUGUACUAACUAAACAUCAUAAUAUAGAAUAACUACACAUGUCUUCAAAAAGUCUGUGACAUAACAUUGUGGUGGUUUUAUCUAAAUAUUAUGUUAAAUUUGCAUAGUUCCGUUCAAGUUUCUAUGAUUUAAUAGGAUUGAUUUCUUGUUGGUUAUUAUUAAUUGUUUGCAUAAAUUGACUAAAUGAAUGUAGAGGUGUUGCCAUAAUUUCCAUAAAUUAAAUACAUGGCAUCGAGAGAAAAUAUAUUUUUUUUUUUCUAUACACUUAUUCGUCGUCAUUUUGUUUUGAUUUCAUGUUUAAAAGGAGUAUAUUAGCGAGAAUUGCUGUAAGUCUGUGUUAUUUAUAAUCUUCUUUCAAUUAAUUCGCUAAUUAUAGUAGCAUGAAUGGUCGAACCUACGUUUACGGAAAAAAAAUUGUAGAAUUUGUGAUGUGAAAAUUAAAUUAGGUGUUGGAUUGGAUAUGUUAAUCCGAAACCACGUGAAAUUUAGAGUAGCUGGUAAUGUGGAGUGCCACAAUACCUUUGCAUGUCGUUUUAAAAUCUUGAGACUAGUCUAGUAAAUGAUACCAAAUCUUUAGGCUUUAAUUUGCCAAAUUGUUUAGUUCACGAUGACUCUUGUAAACUGUUACAUAAACAGAAAGAUAGAACGCAGAUGUGGAGAAUUAAAAACGAAAUGUUUAUAAAGACAUAAGCUGCUUUUUGGUCUUUGUAAUGACGGAAGUAUAUAGGAAUACACUAUCUGCAAAAAUUUUCCAUGAAUACUGGCAGCAACAAUGAUGAUAAAUUGGAAAGUUAUCUUCAUGAAAAUAAAUUUGAGGAUGAAUUUUCACAAAUCAAAUUUUCUAUUAACUUGAAUAACCAAACCAUCCAUGAUGUAAUAUUCUUCAGAAAAAGUAAACAUUUCAGAAUAAUAAGCGUUCGAACUAAAGUAAUUACAAUCUGUAAGAACUGGAGAUUGAAGAGAAGUUAUUAGUUUUUUACAUUUAACUUAGGCUCACAUUACGAAGUAAAAAGUCAGAGAGGAAGGAUGGGGAAUAUUGUGGUGUUUGGCAUGCCAUAAAACUUCCAUUUGAAGAAAAAAAGGCAAUAUUUUAGUUGCACUUCACAACUUGUUUUUGUACUUCCAUAGUUCUUAUUAUAAACUAGUCCGUGGCCCGUGGAUAAAUAUGAGGGUUCGCCCGUCCUUUGCUUACCACAGAGACGACGGCUAUUAUUAUAGAGGUACUAGCCGGGUUAAGCCUCAAGUUAAGAAGUGACCCGUCGUUAAACACUUUGCGCUAAAUAACAGCUGUAAACUGUACCACACGAUCAGGUGGAGCGCUUUUGAACAGGUAUGCAGUAUGUUGUAAAUCAAGUGAAGCGCAUACACCAUUAUAGUGUU